AUGGAUUUUGUGUUUGAGGGGGAAGAUGAAGAUGCAGCCAUUCAGUUCAUGAUUCAACAAAGUCUCAUCGAAAGCCGACCAAAAGAACUCCUGGUCCCCCACACCAGCUGUGAUGAAGAUGAAAAUCUGAUCUUAACUGCAAUAAAAAAAGGAAAUGAAAAGCUACUCAGGACGCUGAGUAUGAAUCUCAAGGGUCAGUUUGACCAAUCAGACGCUAGAGGAUGGACCCCUCUUCACGAGGCUGCAGCUCAGACUAACCACAACAUCCUUGAACUCACCAUAAAAGCGGUGGGGCGGGGCUCACUGGAGCGCCGCUCUGUGAUUGGUCAGACUGCUCUGCAUGUGGCAAUUGAGAAAGGGUUCAUUGAAAACGCUGCAUUGCUGCUAAAACAUGGAGCAAAUCCCGAUGCACCCGACCAAGAAGAAGACACGCCCAUCUUCACAGCGAUCCGCUCAGGCCGCUCUGACCUUGUGGAGCUGUUGUUGAACUCCGGCUCCAAUGUGAACCAAGUGGGCUGCCACGGCCGCUGCCCGCUGCAUGAGGCCUCGAAGCUUGGUAAUUCCCAUCUGGUUGACCUGCUGCUAAAGAGUGGAGCUAGGCCAGACCCUCGCAGCAACUAUGGACUCACCCCCCUCGCCCUUGCUGCUCAGGGCGGCCACCGGAAGGUGAUAGAGAGCCUGCUCCGGAAAGGAGCUGAUGUCCAGUCCCAGGCCAAUGACGAGGCGUCCAUUUUGUACGAAGCGUCUGCGCACGGUGACCCAGAGGUGAUCCGACUGUUAAUGGAGUAUGGAGCAGACGCAAAUGUGCCCAAACACACCGGACACCUGCCCAUCCACAGAGUUGCUCACAGAGGACACCUACAGGCUCUUCUGACCCUGAUCCCUGUGACCUCCAAGUCUGAGGUGGCAGACAGUGGCAUGAGUCCGCUCCACUCUGCAGCUGCUGGAGGACACACCCACUGCAUAAAGGCUUUGCUGGAAGCGGGAUAUGACCCGAACUACAUGCUGCACCCGUGGGUCCGCCGUAGCUAUGACGACGAGAGGAAGUCUGCCCUGUUCUUUGCCGUUUCCAACAAUGACGUUCCAUCAGCCCGAGCGCUUCUAGAGGCGGGAGCUAUGGCCAAUCAGGACCCUGUCAAGUGUCUCCAGGUGGCGCUGCGUAUGGGAAACUAUGAGCUGAUCCAUCUGCUGCUGAGCUUUGGGGCAAAUGUGAACUACUUCUGUAAAGUCAACACCACCCACUUCCCGUCAGCCCUGCAGUAUGUCAUGAAGGAUGAGGUGAUGAUGAGGAUGCUGUGUAAUUUUGGGUAUGACGUUCUGACGUGUUUCCACUGUCCGUAUGGGAGCGGCUCUCACGUCCCCCUGAACUACGAGGGCUGGAGCGAUGCUGUCAUCAAAGACACUAUGUUCUGUGAGGUGAUGUGUGUUUCGUCACUCAAAUAUCUCAGUGGUCAUGUGGUCCGCGUCUUAUUGGAUUACCUGGAUCAUGUGACCUUCUGCUCCAAACUGAAGGCAGUUCUGAUGGAGACUGAACAGUGGCCCGAGAUCUGUGCCAUUCAAGAAAACCCUCGCUCGCUGCAGCAUUUGUGUCGUCUCAGAAUCCGCCAUUGCCUGGGGCGACUGCGGCUCCGAUCGGCCACCUUCAUGAGUUUUCUGCCGCUGCCAAAAAAACUCAAAGACUUCAUCCUGUUCAAAGAGUACGAGCUCUACAAGGGCCCAAGCUGAGGGGCUCAGAGGAACAGUUAUAAUUCAGAUUUGAAUUGUAUUUGUCUUCCCUGCAUAUUUCUGGUAAUUUAUCCUGGAAAUUACAAAAUCAAAAAUACAAGGAAAUCAGUUCUGGCUUUGUUCACACGCAACCCUGUUCUGGUAAAAUGCAGGUAAAUUUCGGGGUUAGGCGACAUGUUUGAAUGAGGCUCAUCAACGCCUUUAGUCCCCAGUCCCUCGUCCCAUUUUUUCACAGCUGCAUUA